CUCCUUCUCUUGUCUUCUCAGGGGUGUCGUCCCAGAGGGUGAAGGUGGACCCGGAAGUGACGUCGUACCCCGGACAACCAGUCAACUUGCGGUGCGCGUUCGCGCAGGAAGGCGGGAUCACGCGCACUCAGGUGUCCUGGAUCUACGAGCCUAAAGAAGGUGAGAGGAUGAACAUAGCUGUGUACCAUCCCAACUUUGGGGUCAACUAUCCGCCAUCCCCUGUGAAGGGGCGCGUGGCCUUUGUGGUGGACCCCCCCAACCUCGAUGCACCCUCCAUCCAGAUCGUCGAUGCCAAGAUGUCCGACGAGGGAAAAUACAUCUGUGAAUUUGCCACCUACCCCAGUGGCAACGAACAAGGAGUCACCUCGCUCGUUAUGCUAGCCAAGCCUAGGAACUCCGCCUCCAUUGUAACAGUCGUUGCAGAGGGGAAGCCCGUUACCGUGGCGCGCUGUGAGUCGGUCGACGGCCUGCCCCCCGCCUUGAUCACCUGGGUAACCACGGCAAAUGGCAACGCCACUACCGUUUCCAAGGCCGGUGCAGACAACACCGUCACUGUAACCAGCGAGUACAAGAUGAUUCCCACGGCAGCGGACAACGGCAAAGAUAUCAGCUGUGUGGUAUCACACAAGACCCAGACCAAACCGGACAGCUUUCCGUUGAAACUGGCUGUUGAGUUCCCUCCCAAGUUGACCAUCGUGGGCUACGAUAACAACUGGUACGUGGGUCGGACCAACGUGCAGCUGACCUGCCAGGCCUCAGGGAACCCCAUCCCCACCACGGUGGUCUGGAAGACCCUGACAGGAGAGAUGCCAGAUACAGUGGUGAUUAAGGAGAACAAGCUGACAGUGCUGAAGGUCGACGAGUCUGUGAACACCACCUUCGUCUGCGAGGUCAAGAACCGCCUGGGGGUCGGGAAAGACCAGAUCACCACCUUGGUCAGAGAGCCCUCAGUGAACCCGUCCAAUGCCGGGGUGGUUGCUGGGGCUGUGAUUGGCUCCCUUCUGGCUCUUCUCCUGGUCGGCGCCCUCAUCGCCGUCCUCGUCACCCGUAACCGCCGGCAGCAACAGGGUUACCGGGGCAACGGCAAAGGCACCUACGACAUCAAGUCCCGCAUCUUCGGCGGCGGUAAAAAGGCCAGCAAGAACGGCACCGGCAACGCCGGGAGCGGCGGCGUCGCCGGCGGCAACAACAACGGACCCAUCUACGUGUACAGCGAGAACCCCGCCCACCAGGGCCUGGCGGACAAACCCAACCACCACCAGCCUCUGCACCUGGGGGGGGGGCGCGAGGAGGGGGGCGUGGCCACCACGCCCACGGCGCAGGACAUCCUGCUGAGCACCGAGCUGGACGAGGCGGAGAGGAGGAAGUUCGACGAGCUGGACGACGAGGAGGAGAGGUACGACCACUUUGGAGGCGGGGCCCCCAUCCUUCAGCUCCGCCCCCCGCAGAACGAGGAGGGCAUCAUGGGCGGUUACCUCGACGACGACAUGGAAUCCCAGAGGGAUGGCUCGGUGAUCUCUCGGACUGCCGUGUAUGUGUAGAGGAAGAGGAGGGAGCGGGAUGAGAAGAGGAAGGAGGGAGUGACGGAGGGAUGGAGGGGAAGGAGGGAGGGGAGGUAGGAGGGGCCCCAGGUGGAUUCUGGGAUGUUGGAGGCCUGAGCUUACCCACCCCUGUUUCGAGAGAUGAAUACCACUUUUAUUUUUGAAAUAGAUAUGAAAUAUAUUACCCACCAGAAAGCUGCCCCAGAAAACUGUCUGACCUGAAUGAACUAAAGUGACUGGGAGGGCGGAAUGUUCCAAACGAUGGACUUUCAGAGGGGUGCUUCGACUCCAGAACUGUGGUGCCCGGUCCCAGUAUAUAAAACAAAGUCAAAUCCCUUGGUAUCUACCAAAAAUCAUUAAAAAAAGAAAAGAAUAAUAAAAAAAAAAAGGAAAACGGAAUUUGGCUGCUGCUGUGUCUGUGGCUAGCAUCGUUCCCAAGAUGGAGUAUCUUCAGGGAGAGAGACCUGUAGCGAGAAGGGCACAAAAUGGCGUCAAUGAAAUACUGUUGCUGCUUCCUGUUCAGACAGAGACUGGUCCCUACCUAACACAUUCACUGUAAUCUUUACUAAACACACAAGAACAAACGUGAGGGGUGUGAUGGAAGGAUCUGCUCCCUGCUAUUCUCAGCUAUGCUGUGACAUCUUUGGUUCCGGACACAAGAUUCUGCUAUGACUGAGGGGGGGGGGGGGGGGGGGGGGGGAGUUUGCUGGGAAAAAUGGCCUACGUUAGUGUGAAAAGUAAAUGUAUUGCGUGUGCUCUCUAUCUCUUUUACUUGCACACUGUCUCUCUCUCUCUCUCUCUCUCUCUCUCUCUCUCACACACACACACACAGAUGCAUACAUUUUUGUACCUCUUGUUCUGAAUCUAAAUGGCACAGUUGUUGGUCGUGGGAAUAUGUGAAACUAGAGACCUUGAAGUGCUGAUAUUGGAUGUGAUGGUAGAGCAAAUGAAAAGUAAAUUGACUGGCGCUGGUAAAAAAAUGAGUAUGAAAUUAGUUUGAACAAAUGCACCAGUGAGAUGUCGAAC